GCGCUUCCCUUCGCAGGCUGGGGCGGGGCGCCGCCAUUUUCCCUCCCCUCAGCGGCGGCGCUCGCGUGUUCUGCCCUUCUCGCCCGCGCAGGGUCUCCGAUACGCGGCCACCGGGCCGUGCCGCCUUCCUGCUGCCCUGGGAGGAGAUGCGUGGAGCAGCCUGGCAGCGCUGGCGGCUUGGCGCAUGGUGGAAAGGGGUCUCGUCUCAUCACUGAAGUAUUUCCCCUAAAUUUUUGGUUUCUUCUGCGGGACUCAUCUGAUCGUUUGUGCCCAAACCUACAGAAAGCCAUCUCUGUAAAUGUAUCGUCUGCGCCUUCUCGUUACUCGGAGGUGUUUGUGUGCCCGAGAGUGGACGUAUUUCAGGAGAAGGGAUACAUAAAGCUAGAUAAAUGGAGCAAUAAUUUAUUAUUCAUGUCUGAAUAUUCAUUUAUUAUUCAUAUAUGUCAACUUAUAUUAAAAACUGCUGGAGAGCAGUCAUACCUACCAGAAGCGUUGGUGCUUGGCCACCUUUCAGCUUUUUAACCUGUGUGUAGACGCAAGCUGGAGACCUUGGGCCGGGUGGGCCAGCUGCGUGGGGAGGACUUGCCAUGAGUGCCCUGGUACUGUAAGGAGUGAUGCACAUCCACAUCAGUCUUUUUAUCCUUUCAGAAGAUGGUGUUAGAUGCUACAGCAAAAACCGUAGCCAGACACAAGUUUGACAGCUCCAUAGAAAUUAGGAUAAAUCAUAAUCCUAUCAAAAGACAACCAGCUUAACUGCAGUGGCAGCGAACCAGUGAUGAACUCAUACAAAAUGGAAAUUUUCUGUGAAAUGCUGGGCAAAAAAUAUCUCCCUCAGCUGUGAGUCUUCUGAUGAGCAAUGCUGGUCCUGAGAUGGUGAAUUUGAAGGCUGCCCUGCUUUAGAUCAUUAAGAACUUCUUAAGGUUGUGAAGGUUGAUAACGGAGAUUGAUGCACUGAAUCUGGAGCCACAGAGGUGGAAAUAACAGCACCGAGUGAUAGAUGACAUUUCUAAAUCUUCAAUCUCAAGGCUAGCAACCUUCAUUAUCCCUUCUGCGGGUCUGCCUCAUCUCUAGGCUUUUUCCCAUGAUUUUCGGGUGCCACCAGGAUGCUGACAGUAUGUCAGCAACGCCCCGUGAAGCAAUCCCUGAGUGCCUGCAUGUGCAGAGAGUCACACUGGAAAUGCCUCCUCCUCUCCAUCCUCAUGUAUGGUUGCCUGGGAGCAGUGGCCUGGUGUCAGCUGGCCCGAGUCACCAAGCUCAGCUUCGACAGUUCCUUCAAGGGCAAGUCCAUGAUCUACCACGACAGUCCCUGCUCAGAUGGCUAUGUCUACAUCCCACUGGCCUUCCUUUCCAUGCUGUACGUGGUGUACCUGGUGGAGUGCUGGCACUGCCAUGUCAAGAGAGAGCUGCAGUACAAGGCUGAUGUGGACAGUGUCUACGAAUGUAUCAACCGCAUGCAGCAAGCCACUCCGUGCAUCUGGUGGAAGGCCAUCAGCUACCACUUUGUACGGCGAACUCGGCAGGUAACCCGGUACCGCAAUGGAGAUGCCUACACCACCACCCAAGUCUACCAUGAGAGGGUCAACACUCAUGUGGCCGAAGCUGAGUUUGACUACUCUCACUGUGGAUACAAGGACAUCUCCAAAGAGCUCCUGGGCCUGGAGAGCUACACGGCCACCAAGCUGAGGUUCACCAAAUGCUUCAGCUUUGCCAACAUCGAGUCUGAGAACUCUUAUCUGACACAAAGGGCUCACUUCUUUACAGAAAUAGAGGGGCUGGAUGACUACAUGGAGGUAAGGGAAGGCAUGCAGCUCAAAAAUGUGGACUUCAAGGAGCUCAUGAUGGCCUACGGGGACCCAGAUCACCUCCCAUGGUAUGUGUCCCACUAUGCUUUCUGGGUGGCAGCCAUCCUGAUGAUCUCGUGGCCUCUCAGGGUACUCAUAGAGUAUCGGACUGCAUACGUCCACUACCACGUGGAGAAGCUUCUGGGCCUGGAAUACACAGCACCCACCACAACGGAGGAGCCCCUCUAUCGUUACCGCAUGCCCCGGGAUGCCACACAGGACAGCACAGAGCUGGAGUGGCACAUCUGCACCAACCGGCAGCUGAUCCCCAGCUACUCAGAAGCCAUGCUGAUGGACCUGGCCGACUCCCCAGCGUACAACAGCUACACGGUGUGUCGGUACAGUGAGGUGGCCCACGGCUGCGAGCGCUGCAACCAUGCCUCCAGCACCUCCUCCAUCUUCUCACGCCAUGCUUUCCACAGCUGCAGUGGCAACUCCCGCCUGUCCCUCAACACCAGCCGCUUCUCCCUCUGCCGCGUCCAUGGCUCCCACAGGACAGGCCUCUGGCGGAGCCGCAGCAGCAGCAUUGCUGACCGGGGCUGCCACGAUGAGCAAUGCUGUUCCUACUCCAGCCAGCUGGCUGUCAAUGAGAACCCCCCUACCUACCACGACGCCCGCUUCUUCCCUGUCUUGAUCGUGCAUAGGCCGGAAGGGCACGAUGGACAGCCCUUCUAUGUCAGACGCUCCUCCUGUUUAGAAACAUCUCUGUGAUGGGCUUCCAUGGUUUCUCAGCUCCUCAGCUCUGGAACAACUUCACUGCUGUGCUUGCAGAGAUACCACCAGCCUGCAAGUGUCAGUCAGCAAGACAAGCUUGAGAUUUCAGUUCUUCAUCCUGACAUUGCAUGAGGAUAUGGUCACCCUGACAAGUGGCCCACCUCAUUUCCAAAGCUUCUCUCCCUCCUCCUAUUUGUCUCCAUGUUUAUUUUUCCCCUUCCUUUCACUUUUACUCCUCACUGUUUCUUUGUUUCUUGAGUCUCUGCCUCUCCUCCCAUCCUGCUCUUUCUUUUACAUUUCAGUCAGUAUUUGACAGCUGUUUCCAUGGGAGGAUUUAAAAAGCCUGUGUUCUGCAAUGCAUUUGCCCUACAAGGUAGGAAACUCAAAAGACAGCGAGGCCAAGCGAGAUGCUGAAAGGCCUGCAGCCAGUCAGUGUCAAGUCAGAAAGAGAAUUCAGAUCUGCAGGCUCUGAAUCAACUGCUGCAAACCCCAAACAAGGCUUUUUAAAAAAUUAUUUCUGCCAGUCUUUUUGCCUCUUCUUUCAUUUAUUGUCUCCUUUCUUUAUACUUCCUCCUCUCUCCCUAUUCUCAUCUUCCUUUUUUGGUUUUCUCACCUCUGCUUUCCAGUUUCUCAUUGCACCUUUCUGGGAUUUUGUCAGUGAGGAUGUCUUUCAGCCUGUAAUUGGCUUCUGUUGCCCCAGAAUAAGGUAUUUGCAGCACAAAUUUCAGUGUCCACCGACACAGCCACAGGAAAUGCCCCUGAGAAGUGCUGAGGACAUUCACCACGGAGUAGUGAGAUACACAAACAAAGCAAAAAGCAUGCCUUUCGCUAACCAUGCCCUGCCUGGUCUGCAGCGGAUGCUGCUGCAUUUCCAGAAGUAGUUAACCUCCUUCAGCUCCACCAGUGUUAGCACUCAUCAAGAGCCGUGACGUAGAUCAGUGCCCUGCUAGUGCCACUAUUUUUAAGACCGUAGAUCUGGUUUGUGGUUAUUUCAUUCCUACCACUUGCUCAGAGCUGCAGGGACUGGCAAGGAGGAGAGAGGUCAGGGAGGGAAAGGUGUUAAUCCACUACAGCCCACCCACCAAUGGUCUGAAGGCUCUUCCUGCAAGGCUCCCUGCGAGCGCGUGCAGAGCCUUCAGUAAAGUGUGAGAUCAGCCUGGCAUUGUCACUCACAAGAGGUGGCUGGUGCUUCCAAGAGCCAGGGACCAGCCCGGGGCUUCUGGCCACGCUCAGGAACCCCAGGGCUCCAACAGUUGCCAAACCUGCCAUGUGCUGAGCAAGCUCUGCAACAGUUUAUCAGGUGGGUAGCUGAGGUGAGCACCAACUUGCAGGAGAAUGCAAUACAGUCUCAAUACAUUAACUACCAAAACCAGGGUGUUGUGCCUCCCUAUGGCAGAUAGGUCAGAAGUCGAGCCCUCAGAGGGGCUAGCAACAAAUGCUUCCUCCCGAGUCAGUUCUGUGUGUAUCUAUGUGUAAUAUGAGAUUUGUAAAGUCUUAUUAGUAUGUGUAGAUUAUAUGUAACUGCAUAUGGUGAUUUCUUAUGGCAUUGACUGUUGCACUGUGUUAAAUACAUUUUGUUUUGGUUUGA